AUACCACUACAAGAAAAUAGGUCAAUAGUUAACAAAUGAUCAUGAUGAGGAGAUCAAUAAGCUUCAACAUGUUGGUGGUGGUGGCGGUGACAAUGUUGUUAAGAUCGAUGGUUGUAGAUGGGGCUUAUGGCUAUAGUUACACUCCGUCAACCUCGUACACGCCACCGGCCAUAAAUUGGCUAUCAGCCCAUGCUACAUUUUACGGGGAUGAAACCGCGUCUGAGACUAUGGGAGGGGCUUGUGGGUACGGGAACUUACACGACACGGGGUAUGGAUUCGAAACAACAGCGCUAAGCUCGGUGAUGUUCAACAAUGGAAAAGGGUGUGGAACUUGUUAUGAGAUCCAAUGUGUUGACUCUAAAUGGUGUCUUAGUAAUGCUCAAUCCAUUAAGGUUACGGCCACCAAUCUUUGCCCCCCAAAUUGGUCUAAGCCCUCCGAUAAUGGCGGGUGGUGCAAUCCCCCUCGAACCCAUUUCGAUUUGUCCAAGCCCAUGUUCACCAAAAUUGCUCAAGUCGCUGCUGGCAUCGUUCCUGUUAACUAUCGGAGGAUAUCAUGUGUAAGGCAAGGAGGAAUCAGAUUUAAAUUCCAAGGGAACCCAUAUUGGUUGCUAGUGUAUGUGAUGAAUGUUGGAGGAAAUGGAGAUGUAUCCCAAAUGUGGGUUAAAGGUUCCCAAACUGAUUGGAUUAGCAUGAGUCGUAAUUGGGGAGUUUCAUUUCAAGCAUUCUCUAAAUUAGGAAAUCAAGCCCUUAGUUUUAAGAUCAUGAAUGAGGGUGGCCAAGUUAUCAUGGCUUACAAUAUUUGCCCUUCCUAUUGGUCUACUGGUAAAACCUACCAAGCUAAUGUCAACUUUCUUUAGUUUA